AUGAAGAAGAACGACCCCCUCGACCAAGUGCCCCUGUACAUCGACCCGCUCAACUACUACUACCAUGAGCCCCGAAGGCAAGCAGAGCAUCGGUACUGCGAGUUGAAGAUGAUUCUAUGGCUUGUGAUGGUUGAAGUUGUGGACACGAUGGAGAAGAAGGGCGCGCUGUUCGAGUGCGGUUGUCGCUCGUUCCAGGCACCUCGAGAGCAGCAGCGACGACGCAAGGCGCGGGGCAAGGCCAAGGGCGCCGCCAAGGCUCGCUCGCGGCUGUUGACCGCCAGCUUCCACGCCACCGACCAAGGAGGACGAGUCGGGGACCUAUUCAUGAACAUAUUUAACAGAGGAAUGUAG